AUGCCGGCAGCCGCCCCCAGCUCCGCCACGGCCAUGCAACAGGUCCUGGACAACCUCAUGGGGCUCCCUGGUGCUCCAGGGGCUGCUGACCUUGACCUCAUCUUCCUCCGUGGCAUCAUGGAGAGCCCAAUCGUGAGGUCCUUGGCCAAGGCCCACGAGCGGCUGGAGGAGCGGAAGCUGGAGGCAGUGAGGGACAACAACCUGGAGCUGGUGCAGGAGAUCCUGCGUGACAUCGGGCACCUGGCACGGCGGGACGGGGCGGCAGCCGAGCUGACCCGCAUCCUGCGUGAGCCCCACUUCCAGUCCCUGCUGGAGACCCACGACUCGGUGGCCUCCAAGAGCUAUGAGACACCCCCACCCAGCCCUGGCCUGGACCCAGCUUUCAACAGCCAGCCUGUGCCCCCUGAUGCUGUGCGCAUGGUGGGCAUCCGCAAGGCAGCUGGCGAGAACCUGGGGGUGACGUUCCGGGUGGAGCGGGGGGAGCUGGUGAUCGCCCGCAUCCUGCACGGGGGGAUGGUGGCGCAGCAGGGGCUGCUGCACGUGGGAGACGUCAUCCGGGAGGUGAAUGGGCAGGAGGUGGGCAGCGACCCGCGGGCGCUGCAGGACAGCCUGCGCCACGCCAGCGGCAGCGUCGUCCUCAAGAUCCUGCCCAGCUACCAGGAGCCUCACCCGCCGCGCCAGGUCUUUGUCAAGUGCCACUUCGACUACGACCCAGCCACCGACAGCCUCAUCCCCUGCAAGGAAGCUGGUCUCAAGUUCGCUGCUGGUGACCUGCUGCAGAUCGUCAACCAGGACGACCCCAACUGGUGGCAGGCGUGCCACGUGGAGGGGGGCAGCGCGGGGCUGGUGCCCAGCCAGCUGCUGGAGGAGAAGCGCAAGGCCUUCGUCAAGCGGGAUGCAGAGGUGGCCCCUGGCUCCGGAGCCCUGUGUGGCAGCCUCAGUGGGAAGAGGAAGAAGAGGAUGAUGUACCUGACAACGAAGAAUGCUGAGUUUGACCGCCACGAGCUGCUGAUCUAUGAAGAGGUGGCACGCAUGCCCCCUUUCCGCCGGAAAACCCUGGUGCUCAUCGGCGCCCAGGGCGUGGGGCGACGCAGCCUCAAGAACAAGCUCAUCAUGUCGGACCAGGCGCGCUAUGGCACCACCAUCCCCUACACGUCACGGAAGCCGAAGGAGAGCGAGAAAGACGGGCACGGGUACCGCUUCGUGUCGCGGGCUGAGAUGGAGGCGGACGUCAAGGCAGGGCGGUACCUGGAGCACGGCGAGUACGAGGGCAACCUCUACGGCACCAAGAUCGACUCCAUCCGCGCCGUGGUGGAGGCUGGCAAGAUGUGCAUCCUGGACGUCAACCCCCAGGCAGUGAAGGUGCUGAGAACGGCUGAAUUUGUGCCAUAUGUGGUCUUCAUCGAAGCCCCCGACCCGGAGACGCUGCGGGCCAUGAACCGGGCAGCGCUGGAGAGCGGCGUGGCCACCAAGCAGCUGACGGAGGCCGAUGCCAAGCGGACGGUGGAGGAGAGCAGCCGCAUCCAGCGCGGUUACGGCCACUACUUCGAUCUCAGCCUGACCAACGACGACUUGGAGCGCACCUUUGGGCGGCUGCGGGAGGCCAUGGAGCGCCUGCGUGCCCAGCCCCAGUGGGUGCCCGUCAGCUGGGUCUACUAG